AACCCCUGGGUGAGAGGGGAGUGCUGUAGCCCUCCAAAGGAAACGGAAGAGACGAAACUCACAAAAUCCUAAUUUUAAAACCCCGGGGCUGUGAAGAAGAAAAGACAACUCUUUGACAAACUUUACACUUUAUAACCACCUAUUUAGCACUCCACCCUCCCUUUUUAUUUGUCAUUUUUUUGUUGCUGUUUUUAUUUUUAUUUUGUGGCAGAUUUUAAAGGACCUAGUGCUCAGUUAAAGGACCCAGUGUUCGCUGGAUUAGAGAUGCCCCCCCAGCCGGAGGUGAACAAACAUUUCUGGGACUUCCUAAAGAGUUUUCUCGGCAUUAUCCGAAUCCUCCAAAUCCUUUUCGGAGCAGGACUAUGGGUCACAAUCGCCGCCAACAAAUACGAAGGCUCCAUUCACUUCGUCCUGUUCGUGGCCGUGCUCUUCUGGCUCCUCACCCUCACCGCGUUUUUUAUCACUCUCCUGGACAAACAGGACCUUGUCCCCGUCUUGGGAGGGGACCGGUGGUUGCUUAGCAACCUGGUUCAUGACAUCGCUGCUGCGGUGCUGUAUCUACCGGCGAUCGGCGUCAUGAUCUACAAGACAGGGCGGUACGAGUACUGCAACCUGGAGCAAUAUAAACACCACUGCCUGUAUAAAGUCUAUCUGGCUGCUGCCGUGUUCGCAUGUCUGGCCGCUGUUGUGUAUCUUGUCUCGUCGGUGUAUGUUGGUUGUAGGAAGUGCCGGGGAGAGCAGACGGUGGUUUGAGAGAGGGGAGGACAGAGGGGGACCAAGGUGGAAGGGAUAUGUUGGAGGACUGGGGGAGGGAGGCAAGAGCUCUCCCUGUUCCGUAAUUUAAUGUCAGCAUAAUUUCAGUAGUUUAUCAACGUAGGCUACAGUACAGUACUUUUUUGGUACAGUGUUUGUGCGUUGACUGACAACAACAUUCCGAAACCACGAGCAGUCUACCGGACCUUUUACCAAUGCCUUUGAAAAGCAUACCUCUUAUGCUUUGCAGCGUACUACAAGCUGUAAUAGCAGGGACAUGAUAUGACAUGCCUUUGAUAUGAAGAAACUACACCAUAUUUGUUGCCAAUGUUUUUUUUUGUAUCCUUUUAGCCAGAAAUAACACAUGUCUAUAUCAAAAGCAAAAACAAUUAUGUUCCUAAUUAUUCCUGAAGUGUCCUUCAUGUUAAAACCAAAUGUUGAUGAAUUAAAACCAAUGUCACUGAACACCAGAGACAAGGUUCUCUUAUUU